AGAGACCAACUACAGGACGUUCUGAGGGAGACAUCAACAAAUGUCUCACUGACACUGACUGAAGUGGAUGUUUUACUGUCAACAGCAGAGCCCAAGACCAGAUAUGGAUUCUUAAGAUAUUCAUGUGAAAUCACACUGGAUCCAAACACAGCAAACACACAACUGUUAUUAUCUGAGGGAAACAGAAAAGCAGCAUUAAUGAAAAAACAACAGUCUCAUUCUAGUCACCCAGACAGAUUCACUGAUAAGUGUCAGGUCCUGAGUAGAGAGAGUCUGACUGGACGUUGUUACUGGGAGGUGGAGUGGACAGGGAGAAGAGUUAGUGUAGCAGUCGCAUACAAGGAUAUCAGGAGAAGAGGGGGCUCAAAUGAAAAUCGAUUUGGAUACAAUGACAAAUCUUGGGCAUUAUAUUGUGAUCAAGACAGUUAUAAUUUUUGGUACAACAACAUCAAAACGCCCGUCUCAGGUCCUCAAACCUCCAGACUUGGAGUGUACCUGGAUCACACAGCAGGUAUUCUGUCCUUCUACAGCAUCUCUGGAACCAUGACUCUCCUCCACAGAGUCCAGACCACAUUCACUCAGCCUCUCUAUGCUGGACUUCGGUUUUAUGGUGCAGUCUUACCUUUUCUUUAUGAAAACACUGCUGAGUUCAUUAAACUCAAAUAG